AUGACCAGCAGUAACGUGAGUGUGCAAUUGACUGCGCCCAAUGGGCGUCAGUAUGACCAGCCCAUCGGUCUGUUCAUCAACAACGAAUUCGUCCCCUCCAAGUCGGGCGAGAAGCUCGCCUCCAUCAACCCUUCCGAUGAGAAGGAGAUUGUCUCCGUCUACGCUGCUGAUGCGGAGGACGUGGAUGUCGCCGUCAAGGCGGCCCGGAAGGCUCUCAAGGAUCCGUCGUGGAAGCUGCUGCCUGCGACGGAGCGCGGCCACUUGUUGCUGAAGCUGGCGGAUCUGAUCGAGCAGCACCGGGAGACACUUGCCACUAUUGAGACAUGGGACAACGGCAAGCCGUACUCCGUCUCCUUAAACGACGAUCUCGGUGAGGUCCUUAGCUGUCUCCGGUACUAUGCCGGCUGGGCGGACAAGAUCCAUGGCCAGACCAUCAGCACCACUCCGGCCAAGUUCGCCUAUACCCUCCGUCAGCCCAUCGGCGUGGUCGGCCAGAUCAUCCCUUGGAACUUCCCGCUGGCCAUGGCCGCGUGGAAGUUGGGCCCGGCCCUCGCCUGCGGUAACACCGUGGUGAUGAAGGCGGCGGAACAGACCCCGCUCAGCAUUCUCUACCUGGCCAAGCUCAUCAAGGAAGCGGGCUUCCCGCCCGGUGUGGUCAACAUCCUCAACGGCUACGGCCGCGUCGCCGGUAGCCCGCUGGUCACGCACCCGGACGUCGACAAGGUCGCCUUCACGGGCUCGACUAUCACCGGCCGCGAGAUCAUGAAGCUUGCCGCCGGCACGCUGAAGAACAUCACCCUCGAGACCGGCGGCAAGUCGCCGCUGGUCGUGUUCGGCGACGCCGACAUCGAGCAGGCGGCCAAGUGGGCGCACACCGGGAUCAUGUACAACCAGGGCCAAGUGUGUACCGCUACGUCGCGCAUCCUGGUCCACGAGUCGGUCUACGACCAGUUCGUCUCCCUGUUCAAGCAGGAGGUGGCCACGACCAGCAAGGUCGGCGACCCCUUCGCGGACGACACCUUCCAGGGCCCGCAGGUCAGCCAGGCCCAGUACGAGCGGAUCCUGUCGUACAUCGAAGCCGGCAAGUCUGAGGGCGCGACGCUCGUGGCGGGCGGCGAGCCCCACAAGAACGUCGCCGGCAACAAGGGCUUCUUCAUCGCCCCGACCAUCUUCACCGACGUCAAGGACCACAUGCGCAUCUACCGCGAGGAGGUCUUCGGCCCCUUCGUCGUCAUCUCCAGCUUCACGACCGAGGACGAGGCGGUCACCCGCGCCAACGACAGUACCUACGGGCUGGGCGCUGCCCUCUUCACUAAGGACAUCGAGCGCGCCCACCGCGUCGCCUCGGAGAUCGAGGCCGGCAUGGUCUGGAUCAACAGCAGCAACGACAGUGAUUUCCGCGUGCCGUUUGGGGGUGUCAAGCAGAGCGGUAUCGGUCGCGAGCUGGGCGAGUCCGGCCUGGAGGCUUACUCGCAGGUCAAGGCCAUCCACGUGAACAUGGGGUCCAAGCUUUAG